AAAUGCGCUAUUAUUCCAAUAUCCAGUGACACCAAAAGAGUGACAUGACUUGCUGUGGAUUCCCGUAAAUCAGCUGUAGCGUGUGGCAACUGUCCCAGUGUAGACUUUGUGUACGUUGUAAAGAUUCCCUGUGCUGAGUUGGAGAAAAUAUCCUGAUUCAUUACAAGAGGAUGACAUAAGAAAAAAAUGGCAGAUAGUUUCCUGAAGGGGCAACUUGUUAACAACUCUGAAAGCACUUUGAAACGUCUGUGGUCUCUCUAUCGCAACUCAACUCUCAGCGAUGUGCAGCUGGUUGUGGGUGGGGCCAUUUUCUCCGCCCACAAGCUUAUCCUCAGUAUGUGCAGUGAUGUGUUCAAAACCAUGUUGACUGAUUUCAAAUGGCCCGAAGCAUUCAAGGAGCAGAUAACUCUAACUGAGGAUCCUGAGUGUGUCGAUGUGUUUGAGGACUUCCUGGAAUACAUGUACACUGGGCACAUCCACCUUAGUAACCAAACAGUGCUGCCUGUAAUUACACUCGCAGACAAGUACAAUGUGAAGGAUCUCUCGGAAACCUGCAUCUCCUACAUGUGUGAUAAUCUUGAUGCCGUGGGCGAUAACCUACAAGUAGUCUCAUGGCUACAAUAUGCUCGAUUAUGCAACUACCGAACUUUAGAAGCUAAAUGUAUGCAGUACCUUGAAUGGAACUUUCAGAAAGUUGUCCAAAGUAGAGACUUUCUAUCAAUGAAUGGGUCCACCUUGUUUGAGUUUCUGUCCAGUUCUGAAUUAGUGGUUCACAGUGAAUACAGUCUCUUUCUUCAUGUUAAACGAUGGUUGUUAAACAAUCAAGCUCACUGCAGAAAGUGUCCACAUGCACGCAGGCUUAUGGUGAAAAAAAUGGCUGGGUGUAUACGUUUCAAUAUGAUGACCUCAGCCCAACUGGAACUUUUGUGUCAAGAUACUUUUAUCCAUGCAUAUGCAGACAUCUUUGAGGAAGGAUUGAUGCGGGCAUUUCAGUAUCACUCCGUACCAGCGGAUGAAUACUUUGCUAAACUCGAUGAAAAAGAGGGAGUUGUCUCCAGCUCCUUGCCAGAUAGUGACUCAUCGGUUCCUGAGAAAGUCGCCACCUCAUGUCAACCAUCCAGCAGACCAAGGAACUACACAUGUGAAGAUUGGAGCUGCCAGUUCACCCUGGAGAACUUCUCCUGUCUGGACGACUUCACAACAAGAACAUUUUUCUUCUCCACACCUGUGAGUAGCUCAGCUGCAGAUGAUCACGCAUGUUGGGAUUGGCAGGUGGAUCUUUAUCCCAAAGGUGUCCGUUUUCCCAAAGCCAUCAUGAUCGGAAUCCUGGAGAACUAUGAGAUUGACCAACACGAACAUCACAUCACACGACUUGGCGUCAUGGCCAAGUCACUCCAUGGUGAGAUCCGCUAAUGUGGAAGUGUCCAUCCUAGCCAUUGCUUCAGACAUCAGUGGCUCAGAGUACAUCAGGAAUGUUGUGAAGAAGCAGUGUAUUUUUGACUUUGAUGGCUGUCUUCAUAAUCUAGACGAUAUUGUUCCCUUUAAUGAACUGAUGGCAGCAGGAUCAGUGUAUCUCACGGAAGAGGACUGCAACACGUUUAAAAUUCUCAUCAUCAUCAAGCCAGUUCGAUGAUGAUGAUCAACUGCAUCUGCCCAUGUUUGUAUAAUGAGCUGGAGGUGCUUUUCUAGAGUGCAGUGUGAACUUAUUCAUUUCUUCUCCCUGUUAUCAGUAGGAUUCAGCAUUUUAUUUUGUUAUUGCUAUAAAAUGCACCGUAUGUUUUCAAUCACA